UCCUAAUGGUGCAUGAACAGCAGUUUGGAAAACGGCUUUCUAGACACACCUCUUCAUUCUCUAGGCAAGGAAAUCAGGCCCCGAGAGAGGGAGGUGAUAAGCCCAGCGCUCAGGUCUCCUGGCAGCCAGUCUUUUGGUCUGUGCUUGGCAACCACACCCAGCCCGGCCCCACUGCCCAGCCUCCAGACGUUCACCGCGUAUUCUCUGGGGAGGGGGCUGCCGUCAGGGAGGAUAUGUGCUCGGUUUCCCCCUCAGAACCGGGCCCCUGGACUCGAUGGGGGCCUUUCCUCACUUACCCUCUCCUGCAAGCGACCAGCAGCUGACCCUUCAGUGGCCCCACGGCUCCUGGGUCGGGGGUCAGAUGUUUUGCUUCUUUAGAGGAGGAGCUGGCGGGGCUGGGGGCUGGGUGAAUCACUUCCAUUUUCUACCUGGGUUAUUAAAUUCUCACCUGGGGAUACUUGUAAGCCUGUUUGUCGGCAGUGGCCUUCAAACUGUAGGCUGUGCAACAUGGGAUUGACUGCGGUGGGAGUCAAAAGGGUUCCAGUGUCUCUCCCCAUGCUGGUGAGAGGUCCGCCAAGAUGACGGAUUGGAGGGGAAGAGGCUGGGGUCCUUUCUGUCUUCAUUUCCCUGAGCUGUUGCAUAUUUCCCUCUCACUCCAUCACCAACAGAAAGACAACAUGGAGAUGAUCAAGGCCCUCCUUGUGUUUGGGGCAGAGGUGGACAUCCCGAAUGACUUUGGAGAAACUCCUGCGUUCAUAGCCUCCAAGAAUAGCAAACUUUCUGAUCCUGUGCGCUCUCCCCCUCCGCGAACAUGACAAGUCGUCACCAGGAAGGCGCUGCUAACUCUGCUGAGGACCGCGGGGGCCGACUCCCGCUCCCCACGCGUGCAGGGGGUCUCGGCGGAGCGGUGCCCCGCAGCAGCGCGCUCCUUCUUCUCCCUGGGAAGAUCUCAGCCCCCAGCGAUCAGCUUCAGCAGCCUAGGCAAUCAGCCACCCAUGCCAGGCUGGAUGGUGGGCCUGGGGCGCGGCGUCAGAUGGGUAAUGCCCUGGGCCUAGGGGGUCCGCAGAGCCCGCUGUGCCCCAAGUUAGCUGCAGCUCUAGUCCCCUCGGCUCCUUUUUCUCAGCUGCACGUCCCUCUCCCUGGUGCUCUGUCCACGCCUCUCCUGGCCGGUCUCCCACUUAUCUUGUCCACUCUGGCCACUUGCCCUGAACUGCAGGACCUCAUGCACAUCUCCCGGGCCCGGAAGCCAGCCUUCAUCCUGAGCUCCAUGAGGGACGAGAGGCGGACCCGCGACCACCUGCUCUGCCUGGACGGAGGGGGCGUGAAAGGCCUCGUCAUCAUCCAGCUCCUCAUCGCCAUUGAGAAGGCCUCGGGCAUCGCCACCAAGGACCUCUUUGACUGGGUGGCGGGGACCAGCACGGGGGGCAUCCUGGCCCUGGCCAUCCUGCACAGCAAGUCCAUGGCCUACAUGCGUGGUGUGUACUUUCGCAUGAAGGAUGAGGUGUUCCGGGGCUCUCGGCCCUACGAGUCAGGGCCCCUGGAGGAGUUCCUGAAGCGGGAGUUUGGAGAGCACACCAAGAUGACGGAUGUCAAGAAACCCAAGGUGAUGCUGACAGGGACACUGUCCGACCGGCAGCCGGCUGAACUCCACCUCUUCCGGAAUUACGAGGCUCCAGAGUGUGUACGGGAGCCUCAUGUCGGCCAGAACGUUAACCUAAAGCCUCCAACUCAACCCUCAGAGCAGCUGGUGUGGCGGGCGGCCCGGAGCAGUGGGGCAGCCCCCACCUACUUCCGGCCCAGCGGGCGCUUCCUGGAUGGCGGGCUGCUGGCCAACAACCCCACGCUGGACGCCAUGACGGAGAUCCAUGAGUACAACCAGGACUUGAUCCGCAAGGGUCAGGGCAGCAAGGUGAAGAAACUCUCCGUUGUCGUCUCCUUGGGGACAGGGAGGUCCCCGCAGGUGCCUGUGACCUGUGUGGACGUCUUCCGUCCCAGCAACCCCUGGGAACUGGCCAAGACUGUUUUUGGGGCCAAGGAACUGGGCAAGAUGGUGGUGGACUGUUGCACGGAUCCGGAUGGGCGGGCCGUGGACCGGGCCCGGGCCUGGUGCGAGAUGGCUGGCAUCCAGUACUUCAGACUGACUCCCCAGCUGGGGACAGACAUCAUGCUGGACGAGGUCGAUGACACGGUGCUGGUCAACGCCCUGUGGGAGACUGAGGUCUACAUCUACGAGCACCGGGAGCAGUUCCAGAAGCUCAUCCAGCUGCUGCUGUCACCGUGAGGCCGCCGGGCCCCCAGCCAUCCCCACCCCAGCCCGCCCACCCGGGCCCAGCUGGGAGGCUGGGCAGGGCCAGGCCCAGGCGGCUCUGUGUCCACAGACCCGGCCUACGGGGGCGCCGGGCUUCCUGCCUGAGGCUGGUCCUCAGGCCUCCCUCCCCCUCUGUCCCCACCUGCUGGCACUUCGCGUCCUUCCAGCUUAGAAAGCCUCAAGCCUCACUCAGGCUGCUCCCUGACCCCCAAGGUGGCUCAAACACUAAGGCCUCCCAGAGGGCCCCAGGUUCUUCCCGGGCCCCUGGAGCUGCAGAGACCCCUUCUACCCUCUGCCCUGUCCGCUGGCGGUGGAGCUAGAGAAACGGGCCAUCACCACCCCAUCGGGAGGGGAAACCUAGGAGUGGGGUGUCCCAUUCGACUUUGCCCCUCCACACGCCCCAGCCACCCACCCACGAGCUCUCCUCAGCUCUCAAAGGUCACUCCUGUGACUUCAGUUAUUCUUCCCGACAGGAAGUGGUUUAUGACUGGAGAGGGGCUCCAGGGACUGCCCCAAACUGUGAAAUAAAUGGUUCAGUUCUGGUUUGCCUGUGUUGUGUGCACUGUGGUGUGAGUGCCCGCCACCCGCCAGCCCCCCUCGGCCUUGACCUUCA